AACACUGUAGGGAGACAAUCACCAACUAAACAACAAGCUGUAUUGAAGCAGUCACGAUACCAGCGAGAAAAACUAAUCAACAGAAAAAAAGAUAGAUACAUUUCCUUCAUUCCAGUGUAAAGAAAUGACAGAAUAACAUAGAAAUUCAAGAGUAAAUGGUAACUUAAAUGUGGAGGGAGAAAGAGGAGGAGGAGGAGGAAGAAGAGAGACGGACAGAGAGGAGCAGAAGGAAGGACGAGAACGAGGAGGGAAGGAGGGACGCCGGCUGACAGACACACAGACACGCCAAAAUGGAGAAGCCAGCAGUGAAGACCAAAUUUACUGAGUCUGAGAAGGUGCUGUGUUUCCACGGACCGCUGAUCUACGAGGCAAAGUGUCUGAAGGUGCAGGUGAAGGACAAACAGGUCAAGUAUUUCAUUCACUAUGCUGGCUGGAACAAAAACUGGGACGAGUGGGUGCCAGAGAGCAGAGUGUUGAAGCUCAGUGAUGCAAACAUUAGCAGACAGAAAGACCUCCAGCGUGCUCAUGAAGCCUCCCUGAGGAACAAAAAAUCCAAGAAGGAGAAGAAGAAAUUCCCGAAGGAGCUGGGGAAGGAAGGCAGCGGCAGCACCACCACCACCACCACCACCGCCCCAGGAACACCAGCACCAACAGGCACCACCACACCGGGGGGCACCACCACCCCCGCCACUGCCUCCUCCUCCACUACCACCACCACCUUGGGUUCAGGCGCUGGUGAUGACUCUCGCUCCUCCACGCCAAGCACAGACCGGUCCAGCAGUGGUCCAGGGAAGCGGUCCGCUGCCUCCACCCCCACCACACCUGCCUCUGCCCGGGAUGAGGCCGACACCAGGAAGAAACGCUCCAGAAUGGAUAACACUGUGGAUACGGAGGAGCAAUUCAUGACAGCAGUGGAGGUUCGCGUUAAGCUGCCCGACGAGCUGAAGCCAGCCCUGGUGGAUGACUGGGACCUCAUCAACCGCCAACGCAAGCUGCCCAUCGUGCCCGCCAGAGUCACCGUCGACACCAUUCUGGCUGACUACAUCCGCGCCAAGACAUCCAACAAGAACAACACUCCUAAUAAGGAGAGUGCAGUGCAGGAAGUGGUGGCUGGCUUGAGGGAAUACUUCAACGUGAUGCUUGGCACUCAGCUCCUGUACAAGUUUGAGCGGCCACAGUAUGCCGAGAUCCUGCAGCAGAACAAGGACAAGCAGGCCAGCGACAUCUACGGCUUCAUCCACCUCAUCCGUCUCUUUGUGCGGCUUGGACAGAUGCUGGCCUACACACAGCUGGAUGAGAAAAGUAUCACUCUGCUCAACUUUCACCUCCAGGACUUCCUCAGGUUCAUGGUUAAGAACCUGGAGACUUACUACAGCAUCCAGGACUAUGGCGUGGCCCCGCCUGAGUACCACCGCAAGGCCAUCAGUUAGCAGCCCGGCCAUGCACCAGGUAUGGCCUCUCCUGUCCCAGUAUUGGCUCCUCGUGUUGAAGGAAGCACACUCAAGUAUUCAGAAAAAGCUGAGAUGCACUCGAGUAUAGUGUAUUUCAGUCAGAUCCCAGUAUGGCAGACAACUGACACAUUACAAUCUCGGUGGAGAGGAAGGACAAAUUUUAUUGUACGCAAGAUGUACAUGGUGUGGUCGCUGGCGAGGAGCGAGGCUCAGUGUGGCAGCCAAGCGGUGACCAGGAACAGCACAGUACAACUAGGACAACCUAGUUUUUUUUUUAGUUUUUUAGUUUUAAGCUUUCUUACCACAAUAAAUACAUGAAAAGAGAGAGAGAGCUCUUCACUUUCAUCUCCACUUCACGUGGGACAUAGAUAUUACUCUCUUUGUUUACAAAAUUUAUUACACGUUAAACAGUGUACAAUCAUUCUGUAAGUAUAAGAUCCAGAUUUUUUUUUUAAAUGAUGAAUAAUAUUAACUUAUAUAUUACUAAUAAUUCAUAUAGUAAAUGCAUAACGCAUAAGGACUGAUUGCAACUCGAGGUGAACCUUUGCACCCUUACAUACAAUAACAUCUAGACGUGGGCCAGACCCCGGAGCCCCACGCUGCGCUGGAGGUGGUGGUGGCGCGGCGCUGGUGCGGCACGUGGCCGCCACUCCAGGACCCAGCCCACUCAGGCGGACGAUGGUGGCCAGGUGGUGUUGUGUUGUAAAGGUGACGGUGGUGGUGGUGGUGGUGGUGGUGGGGCGCGUCUGGGCCGUCAGUCAAGUCAGUCCGCUGGGACGUGGGGAGCCGCGGGUGUGGGCGGUGCAGCCUGGGCUACCCCGCACACACACCCGCAGUGACCCAUGUCCAUCCAAGCACCAUGUGGGCGCCCACCAGCUGUUUGCCACACUUAGAAUCCUGACAAUUCUGAGAACGCCUGGUCCAUCUCAUCGGCAAUGUUCUUAUAUUUCUCUUUCUCAUUAACAAGUUCAUCUGUAACAGACGGUGAGAAGUUUACAGCACGGGGCUGCCGCCGCCGCCGCCGCCGCUGCUGCAGCAUCGUGCAGACGCUCACGACGUACGUAGAGUGGCAAUAAUAAAUACUCUGGCAUGUUUGCAUCAUGACUCAUGAAACAACACAUGAACAACUUAAGGCAAAUUUUUAAGAAUUGAGAAAUCAAGUUUGUGUAUAUCAGGAUUGAAAUGAUCAGAUGGCAGAGACUUGACCAAUCGUUGCGAAUGAUUUGGUGAUGUCGAUUUAACAGGAUGUCAAA